AUGAGUGAAGAUCGCUGGGUCUCCCUGACUCCAGAAGAAUUUGACCAACUCCAGAAAUACUCGGGAUAUUCUUCCAAGAAGAUAAAGGAUGUCUUGGCUGAAUUUAAUAAGAGUGGAUGCCUCAAACAAUAUGAUUCACACGAGACAAUUGGUUAUGAUGUCUUCAAGCUGUUCAUGAGGGAGUACUUGGAGGUGGACCUUCCCCAGCCACUGAGCACGCACCUUUUCCUGGCCUUCAGCCAGAAGCCCAGGCAGGAGAUCCCUGACCACCCAAACGAAGGGACCAGCAACAGCGAGGCCAGUGCCCCAGAUUCUAAUAUACAGAAUGUGGAUAAUGCUGCCAAAGCAGAUGAGGCCUGUGCCCCUGACACGGAAUCAAAGAUCACUGAGAAGCAAGUGCCAGCUAAAGACCAAGUGGCUGCAACCCCCUUGGGAAACCUUGUUGUUCAAUCUUCAGGCUCAGAACCUCCUACAGUGUACCUGAAGGAUGUUGUGUGUUACCUGACCCUGCUGGAGACAGGGAGACCACAGGACAAGCUAGAGUUCAUGUUUCAUCUCUAUGAUUCGGAUGAGAAUGGUCUCCUGGAUCAAGCGGAGAUGGACCGUAUUGUCAACCAAAUGCUGCACAUUGCCCAGUAUCUUGAGUGGGAUCCCACGGAGCUAAGGCCUAUAUUGAAGGAGAUGUUGCAAGGGAUGGACUACGACCGGGACGGCUUUGUGUCUCUACAGGAAUGGGUCCACGGAGGGAUGACCACCAUCCCAUUGCUGGUCCUCUUGGGCAUGGACGACUCUGGCUCCAAGGGGGAUGGCAGGCACGCCUGGACCUUGAAGCAUUUCAAGAAACCAACCUAUUGCAAUUUCUGCCACGUCAUGCUGAUGGGCGUGAGGAAACAAGGCCUGUGCUGCACAUACUGUAAAUAUACCGUCCAUGAACGCUGUGUGUCCAAAAAUAUUCCUGGGUGUGUCAAAACAUACUCAAGAACCAAAAGGGGCAGCGAGGUGAUGCAGCACGCGUGGGUGGAAGGGAACUCCUCCGUCAAGUGUGAUCGGUGCCACAAAAAUAUCAAGUGCUACCAGAGUGUCACGGCGUGGCACUGCGUGUGGUGCCGGAAGACGUUUCACCGCAAAUGUGAAUUAUCCACGUUGUGUGAUGGUGGGGAACUCAAAGACCACAUCCUGCUGCCCACCUCGAUAUGCCCCAUCACCCGGGAAAGGCAAGGUGGGAAGUCUGAUGGCAACGCAUCAGCCAAGGGUGAACUUGUAACGCAGUAUAAGAUCAUCCCCACUCCGGGUACCCAUCCCCUAUUGGUCUUGGUGAACCCCAAAAGUGGAGGGAGACAAGGAGAAAGAAUCCUUCGGAAAUUCCACUAUCUGCUCAACCCCAAACAAGUUUUCAACCUGGACAAUGGGGGGCCUACUCCAGGACUGAAUUUUUUCCGUGAUACUCCAGACUUCCGUGUCCUGGCCUGCGGAGGAGAUGGGACAGUUGGCUGGAUCUUGGAUUGCAUUGAUAAGGCCAGCUUCGCUAAGCAUCCACCAGUGGCCGUCUUGCCUCUUGGAACAGGAAAUGAUCUGGCCCGAUGUCUCCGCUGGGGAGGAGGUUACGAAGGCGGAAGCCUGACAAAAAUCCUGAAGGAAAUCGAGCAGAGCCCCUUGGUGAUGCUGGACCGCUGGCACCUGGAAGUCAUCCCCAGAGAAGAGGUGGAGAAUGGGGACCAGGUCCCAUAUGACAUCAUGAACAACUACUUCUCCAUUGGCGUGGAUGCUUCCAUUGCACACAGAUUCCACGUGAUGAGAGAAAAGCACCCCGAAAAAUUCAACAGCAGGAUGAAGAACAAGCUGUGGUACUUUGAAUUUGGCACCUCGGAGACCUUUGCAGCCACCUGCAAGAAACUCCACGACCACAUAGAGUUGGAGUGUGAUGGGGUUGGGGUAGACCUGAGCAACAUCUUCCUUGAAGGCAUUGCCAUUCUCAACAUUCCCAGCAUGUACGGUGGCACCAAUCUCUGGGGAGAAACCAAGAAGAAUCGGACUGUGAUCCAUGAAAGCAGAAAGGUUGUCACUGAUCCCAAGGAACUGAAAUUCUGUGUCCAGGACCUCAGUGACCAGCUUCUUGAAGUGGUGGGGCUAGAGGGAGCCAUGGAAAUGGGGCAGAUCUACACUGGCCUGAAGAGUGCAGGCAGAAGGCUGGCCCAGUGCUCCUCCGUCACCAUCAGGACAAACAAGCUGCUGCCGAUGCAAGUGGAUGGGGAGCCCUGGAUGCAGCCACCUUGCAUGAUUAAAAUUAUUCACAAGAACCAAGCGCCCAUGAUGAUGGGACCUCCCCAGAAGAGCAGCUUCUUUUCGCUGAGGAGAAAGAGCCGUUCAAAAGACUAA